GUCAUGGGUCGGUGUACCGUUGCACUUUUCCAUAUUUGAAAUGUUACAUCUGGAGUGCGGGUGUCUUUUCUUAAUCUUUCACUCUUCAGGGCUGAGCUACGAGAUGAGUUCUGGAAACUCUUGAAACUGUUCAUUCACAUCUCAAGCCUCUUUCCAAUUCUUCUAUACAAAACUUCAAGUCUUGAUAUCCAUUACUUCCAAGAUGACGGACUACGAGGACUUUUCCCAGCAGAAACCAACACAUUACAAUGAUUGGCCAAACUCACAAGGAUUCGAUGUCACAUAUGAAGAGCGAGCUCCUGUCGAACUCAAAAUCGAAGGCACCAUACCUGAAUAUGCUGCUGGAACGCUUUUCAGGACCGGACUAGGAAUCCGAAACAUUGAAGCUGAGAAUGGGCGACUUUUUCGAGUCAACCAUUGGUUUGAUAACCUUGCUCAAGUGCAUCGGUUCCAGAUUCACCCUCCUGCCGCUCCUGGUGGAAGUAUGAGAGUCACCUACAAUUCACGAUCGACAUGCGAUGGUCUAAUUGCAAAUAUUCGAGCUACGGGACGCAGGGAAGGUGUCACUUUUGGGGCCAAGUAUGAUCCGUGUAUGUCCUUGUUCCAAAAGAUCUCUUCAGAGUUCACACCAUCUACACCUCCUCCGUCGCCGCCGAGCAAGACUCAACCUUCGGUAAACGUUCGACAGCGACCAAAGAAGGCAGAUGAGUUCAGUGUUGCCGUUACGAUCACUACCAAUCAUCCUGGGCUUACAAAGGCUGGAGAGAAGCUUGAAGGUGCUUUGGCAACUGAAGAAAUACAAUCCUUAUGCAACAGAACGGAUUCAGACUCCAUACAGCUUCUAGAUCCAGAGACCCUAGAGCCAAUUGGUGUUGCAUCACAAUCUACCUUGCAUCCCUCGUUGAAAGGUCCUUCUAGCGCAACACACUCACGUACCGAUCCCAAUGGCGAUGUAUUUAACUACAAUCUAGAAUUCGUCAAAGGCCAAGGGGUCUACCGAGUUUUCAAAGUGUCUGCUUCCUCUGGUGAUACUUCGGUUCUCGCUACUUUCCAAGAUGAUCCGGCAUACAUUCACUCGCUGUUUCUAACGAAACGAUUCGUUAUUUUGUGUGUAUGGAAUGCACUUUACGCCAAUGGCGGCGCAUCUAUUCUUUGGAGGAAGAAUAUUGUCGAUGCACUUGCCACGUACGAUCCAGAACGGCCCUGCAAAUGGUACGUGGUCGACCGGAACCCCGUGGAAGAAGGUGGCCGAGGUCUAAUCGCAACCUAUGAAUCUGACCCAUUUUUCUGCUUUCACACUAUCAAUGCCUACGAAGAAACCGACAAUGACGGCCAAGUGAACAUUAUCGCCGAUUUGGCCGCAUUUGAAGACUUGGACAUUCUGAAGCGGUUGUACAUCGACAACCUCCUUUCAGAUUCUCCAACGGCUGCCACAUUUUCGAAUAUGCGGAAUUGUCUGCCUCAAAUGCGGCGAUUUGUAUUGCCAGACAUUGAGGCACAUAUGCAAGACUUGUUCGAGCCCGUCAUUACAGACGAAGUGCAAAUGUUAGAGGCAACUUCCGAAUAUCUUGCGCCAAAAGAGCUCAGUCCUGAGCUUCCGACGAUCAAUCCUCGAAUGUCAAUGAAAAAACAUAGAUUUGUCUAUGGUGUCUUGCAUACCGGCAAAUCAACGUUCUUCGACAGUCUCAUCAAAUAUGAUGUUAGGGAUAAAACAGCUGUGACAUGGUCGAAACAUGGACACACACCUGGAGAACCUAUCUUUAUCGUAGAUCCGGAAAGCGCGGAGGAUGACGAAGAUGCUGGUGUUCUGGUAUCAGUUAUUCUAGAUGGCGUUUCCGGCAAGAGCUAUCUGCUGGUGCUUGAUGCGAAGACGUUGGAGGAGAUAGGUAAGGCGCAUGUGGAUGGGGUAAUUGGUUUCGGGUUUCAUGGGACGCACUUUCCACAGAGAAUUCAGAAAUUAUAAAAGAAUGGAGGAUACAGCUUGUUUGGAACAUGUUGUUCUGCGUUUUGACUGAGGUAUCUGCAAGAGAGAGACAAGCUUGAAGCUUCAAAGCUGUAUGAGUAGUUGACAUCGAGUACUCCAAAACAUACGACAAUGAGCUUCUUCUCAUCCCAAGUAAGCUAGGCUAAUUACACGUUCAAUACCAAGCGCAAUCUUU